AUGUCCGCACCAGCCUCCACACAAUCGAAGGACAAGAUGCCUGAUCAAGAAAUCAAAUCACACCACGACCAACCUUUAGACGUGGAUCCAGUAUUGGUUAAGAAGAUCAUGCGCAAGAUUGAUAUACAUCUUAUGGUGCCCCUCUGGAUAAUUUUCGCUCUGGGUUUCUUGGACCGUAUCAACUUGGGCAAUGUUGCUGUCUUGGGCAUCAUCCCGGAACUGAAGCUUGGAGGAAAUGGGCUCAAUAUCGCUCUUCAGGUUUUCUUUGUCCCCUACAUUCUACUAGAUAUUCCCAGCAACAUCGUACUCAAGAAAGUCCGCCCCUCAACAUGGAUCAGUAGCUUAGCCUUCCUAUGGGGUAUCGCGUGUAUGUGUCAAGGCUUUGUCAAGAACAAGGGGGGUUUGAUUGCAUGCCGAUUCUUUCUUGGUAUCUUCGAGGCAGGAUUUGUGCCUGGAUGUGCCUACCUUAUGUCGAUGUAUUACAGGCGUCAUGAUUUACAAAGGCGAUUUUCGCUAUUUUGGGUUGCGGGUCUUGUUGCUGGCGCCUUUGGCGGUCUCCUUGCGUAUGCUCUUUACCAUAUGAGCGGAUUGAGCGGGUAUUCUGGAUGGAGGUGGAUCUUCAUAAUCGAGGGUCUACUCUCUAUCGCAGUAUCACUUCCGGCCAAAUUCCUGAUUGCCGAUUGGCCAGAGGACGCCAAAUUCUUAACGAGUGAGGAAAAGAAGAUUCUGCAACAGAUCCAGUCUGCAGAUGUUGGUGGCGGUGCUCAGAUGAACCGCCUGAGUAGAGCCGCCUGGAAAAGGAUUCUAACUGACUGGAAGCUCUUGGUUGGGAGCAUGAUUUAUAUUGGUAUUACAGUGUCCGGAUAUGCCACAGCUCUGUUCAUUCCCAGCAUCAUGGUAUCUCUGGGCUACUCCGGCAUUGAAGCUCAAAUUCAUAGCAUCCCUGUCUGGAUUGUCGCUUCAGCCGUGACUCUUGGGGUCUCAAUUGUAACUGACCGCUUGAAACAUCGCUACGGCUUUAUCAUGUUCGGCGUGAUCUUCGCUAGCAUUGGCUAUAUAAUCCUCCUCUGCCAGGGUCCUCUACACGGCGGACUGAACCCGCAUGUUCGUUACAUGGCGGUCUUCUUUGUAACGACCGGCUGCUACAUCGUCCAGCCGGUUGCCAUUGUUUGGAUGGCGAAUAACCUCUCGGGUCAUUACAAGCGGGCCAUAGGUUUAGCAAUCCAGGUUGGAGUUGGGAACAUUGGCGGUAUCAUUGCUAGCAACAUUUUCGUGUCCACCCAAGCACCACGAUAUUUCGUGGGCUACAGCGUUGCGCUUGCUAUGUUGCUGUUCAGUGGUAUUAUGUCGACGCUGUUUGCUAUUGGCCUGACUGUGGAGAACCAAAGUCGUGCGGAUGGGAAACGUGAUGAUCGUCUACAGCUCGAGGAAAGUAUCCUCAACAACAUAGGUGACGAUGAUCCCCGCUUCCGCUUUACCCUGUAG